AUGGCGGAGGACAAGUCCCAAAUCGAGCAGUAUAAUGAUGCGGAGGGCAACGGCUUCAAUGGUACCGCUGGCGUUGCACCCGCCAAACCGACCAUUGGCCAGCGCCUCAAGGCUCACUACAAGAGAUGGUGGUGGGUGCAUGUUAUCAUAUUGAUAAUUGUCGUCUUGGUGGUCACCCUUCCAGUAGUCUACGUCGGAUACCCUCAUAUCGCUCAACACGAUAUCAGCGAUUCGACCUUGAAUAUCACGCAGUUGAUGAUCUCGAAUCCCACUCCGGAUUCAUUUGACCUGCACCAGACCCAAACUCUCGGAACAAACAGCAGCUAUCAUCCUUGGAUCUACUCGUUCAACUCGACGGUCUCUCUGGCUGGAGCAUCCGCUCCUUUCGCCUUCAUACCGGUCCCGAAAGUCAAGUCGAAGAAUGGAGCUGAAAUUGUCAUUGAUGACAGGGUGCAGCUGGCCAACAUAUCUGCGUUUAGCGACUUCUGCAAGGCGACGAUGUUGAAUGAAGAAGUUAGCUUGAAUGUCUAUGGAAAACCGGAACUGAAGGAGGGUGGUUUGCCCAAGACGAAGGUUACAUAUAACAAGACCGUGACUAUGAAAGCCCUCAACAAACUCAAGGGAUUCAACAUCACUGAACUGCACGUCCUGACCAAGAACAACCCCGACGGGACGAACAUGAAUGGGACUGUCCUCAUCCCGAACCCUAGCGUGUUGACACUCGAAAUGGGCAACCUAACGAUGGAUCUCUCCGUGGAUGGCACACCCAUCGGCCAAUCUUUCAUCUACAACUUCACCCUCCGUCCUGGAAACAACAUCACACCCAUGACAUCAAAAGUCAACGAAACCGUCCUCAUUUCCAUGCUAACUGAGAAGUACAAGGAUGGCAUCCUACCCCUUGAUAUUGUCGGCAGUGAGAGCGCCGUCAAUGGCAAAAACCUGACUUAUUUCUCUGAGGCGCUCGCGGCGAAUACUAUUCACGUCAAUGUGAAUGCCGGCGCGGCACUCGCUGAGAUUGGACUUUCUGGUGGGCUGUAG